CGUCCUUAAUCUACUUAACCGUUGAGGGUUGAGAUUGAUAUAAACGCAAGCAUUUGAAAUUUAGUUGAGAUUUUAAAGAUGGCCGCUACUCGACAGUUGGCUCUGACCAACAAAUUUAUCAGAAAACACAGAAAAUGGCCGAUUCCACCAUACAAAACCAAAUGGCAUCAAACUUUCAAUCAAUCCCAAGCUUUACAAGCCCUAAAACAAUCAAUACAGAUGCAGAACAACAACCCCCAUGAAACCUCCCCCAAUCAUCUUCUCUCCGUUCUAAUCCAUUCCUUCAAUUCCUACCACUGCCACCCCACUCCCGAAGCUUACCACUUCCUCAUCAAAACCCUAAUCCAGACCUCUCGCAGGGUCGACCACAUCCCUCCCAUUCUCGACCGGAUCGAGCUCGUCGAGAAGUUCGAGACUCCCGAGUACAUUUUCGUCGAGCUUAUUCGGUUCUACGGCUGCAGUGGUAGAUUCGAAGAAGCUAUUGAUGUUUUCUGUAAAAUCCCCAGCUUCAGGUGUGUUCCUUCUGCUUUUUCGCUCAAUUCUCUGCUUUCGGUACUCUGUAGGAGAAGUGAGAGUUUGAGAUUGGUCCCUUGGGUUUUGAUGAAGAGCCGGGUUUUGAAUAUCAGGCUUGAGGAAUCUAGCUUUAGGAUUUUGAUUACUGCUUUGUGUAGAUUUGGAAAAGUUGGGUAUGCUGUUGAGAUACUGAAUUGUAUGAUAGGUGAUGGGUGUGAUGUGGUAGAUAUGAAAAUUUGCUCUUUGGUUUUGUCCUCAAUGUGUGAACAAAAGAAGGGGUUUGGUUCAGGUGACUUUGGGGUUUUGGGUUUCUUGGGAACAAUGAGGAAAGUUGGGUUUUGUCCUGGUCUGAUGGAUUAUGCGAAAGUCAUUAAGGUGCUGGUGAAAGAGAGAAAAGGUUUGGAUGCUUUAGAGGUUUUGGGCCAGAUCAAAGCGGCGCGAAUGAAGCCUGAUAUUGUUUGUUAUACCAUGGUUUUAAAUGGGAUUAUAAAGGAAGGGGAAUAUGAGAAGGCAGAUGAACUGUUCGAUGAAUUGCUUGUGUUGGGCUUAGUUCCAGAUGUUUAUACAUAUAAUGUGUAUAUUAAUGGCUUGUGCAAGCAGAAUAAUGUAGAGGGUGCACUUGAUAUGUUAUUACGUAUGGAAAAACUAGGGUGCAAGCCUAAUUUGAUUUCUUAUAAUUUAAUUUUGAAGGCACUCUGUAAGAGUGAGAAGCUUGAUCAAGCGAAGGAGCUUCUGACUGAAAUGAGUUUGAAUGGUGUUGGGGCAGACUUGCAGACACACAGAAUUAUGCUGGAUGGUCUGUUUGGUAAAGGUGAAAUUGAUGAAGCAUGUGUCUUGAUGGAAGAAAUGUUGGAUAAAUGUUUAUGUCUUUGUUGUUCAACGUAUGAUGAGAUUAUAUCUGGGCUGUGCCAAAGGGGCUUGGAAUGUAAAGCAUUAGAGUUGGUGGAAAAAAUGGUUGGCAAUAAUGUGGCACCAGGAGCAAGGGCUUGGGAAGCAAUGGUCCUUGCCUCUAGUUCUGAACUUUCUUUACCAGAGGCCAUCUGGACUGGUCUGGUGAAAACACAGGGUGGAACGGUGAAUAUAAUCUGAGAUAUCUAUAGUUGAAGAGACGUAGCCAUUCAUUGUUUUGGAUUGGCUUAAUUGGCGUGGACUUAUGGACUAAAGUUCCCAAUUGAGAGGCCGCAAGGAUAAAAGCUUCAGUGGGCCACAUGUGGUCUGGUGAACCAGGUGGAAACUUGCCUAGUAAAGCUGCUGGAAUAUUGGCUAUGAUUUGGGACCUAUAUAGUUGAAGAUACGUAGCCAUUUGUUGUUUUGGAUUGGCCCUGUUAGCAUGGACAUAUGGGCUGAAGAUCCCAAUUGCCAGACCAAGAAAAUGUAGCUACAAUGGGCCAAAAAAUUGUCUGCUAUGAUAUGAUCUACCUACUUGCUCUUAAAUGGACAAACUUUCUGAGAGAAAAUUUUCAAUGUUCAAAUUCUUAACUAUUGGAAGGACUUAGACUUCAACUACUUAGAGGCAUGCCUAGUUUCCUACUUUCCACGUAUUCUACAAUUAUAAUAAUGACCUUAUCAAAUGAGAAUUCGGCACAUUUGUGUUUUAAUUUUUGUUCACCGCUCAAACAUGUGAUCUGUUUUGCAUGAUCUGCCAAAAGAAUGGAGACACAAAGAAUGAACACAUCUUCCCUUUA